GCGCGGCCGCCCGCCCGCCGCCCUGGGCGCAGCACCCGGCUGCAUGGGGCCCUGUCCGCCCACCGCGCCCUGCGGGGCCGCCAGCCGCCUCGGACCCCUGGCCUGCGGGUGCGGAGCCUUGGCGCCGGGCAGCCGAGUGACCGGCCGGACCUGCGUGUGACUGCCCGGGCCCCGGAGCCACCUUGCCGGAUUGUACCUGCUACCUGCGGGCGGCCAGAGUCCUCCUACGACCGUCUUUUCCUCUAGAGGGACCAGAAUCCCGGUCACCAUUCUGCCAGGUGUUGGAAAGAUACGUAGUAGCUGAGCCUCUUUGCUUCUGACACCAUCCUGAGAAUCCGCUUUGGACAUGCUUCCUCCCUGCCCAUCUUCUGUAGCUGCCAGGCAGAGUGCUGUCUCCUUCACAGCAGUGAGGAACUCUUCAGGCUCCAGAAGCUCUUAAAGUUGAUCUACAAUGGAAAAAUUUCUUUUUUAUCUGUUUUUCAUUGGCAUAGCAGUGAGAGCUCAGAUCUGUCCAAAGCGUUGUGUCUGUCAGAUUUUGUCUCCUAAUCUUGCGACUCUUUGUGCCAAGAAAGGGCUUCUAUUUGUUCCACCAAACAUUGACAGAAGAACUGUGGAGCUGAGGUUGGCAGACAAUUUUGUUACAAAUAUCAAAAGAAAAGAUUUUGCCAACAUGACCAGCUUGGUGGACCUAACACUCUCCAGGAACACAAUAAGUUUUAUUACGCCUCAUGCUUUUGCGGACUUACGAAAUUUGAGGGCAUUGCAUCUAAAUAGCAACAGAUUGACUAAGAUUACAAACGAUAUGUUCAGCGGACUUUCCAAUCUCCAUCAUUUGAUAUUAAACAACAAUCAGCUGACGUUGAUUUCUUCAACUGCCUUUGAUGAUGUUUUUGCCCUGGAGGAGCUGGAUCUGUCCUACAAUAAUUUAGAAACAAUUCCUUGGGAUGCUGUGGAGAAGAUGGUCAGCCUGCACACUCUUAGUCUGGACCACAACAUGAUUGACAACAUCCCUAAAGGAACUUUCUCCCACUUGCACAAGAUGACACGACUAGAUGUGACGUCCAAUAAACUGCAAAAGCUGCCACCUGACCCUCUCUUUCAGAGGGCCCAGGUGCUAGCAACCUCAGGAAUUAUAAGCCCGUCUACUUUCGCAUUAAGCUUUGGCGGAAACCCUUUGCAUUGCAAUUGUGAACUGUUGUGGUUGAGGCGUCUGUCUAGAGAAGAUGACCUAGAGACGUGUGCUUCCCCAGCGCUUUUAACUGGGCGCUACUUUUGGUCAGUUCCUGAGGAAGAGUUCUUGUGUGAGCCUCCUCUCAUCACUCGGCAUACACAUGAGAUGAGAGUCCUAGAGGGCCAGAGGGCAACCCUGAGGUGCAAAGCUAGGGGAGACCCCGAGCCUGCCAUUCACUGGAUUUCUCCUGAAGGGAAGCUCAUUUCCAAUGCAAGCAGAUCUCUAGUGUAUGAUAAUGGAACACUUGACAUUCUGAUAACGACCGUCAAGGAUACAGGUGCUUUUACCUGCAUUGCUUCCAACCCCGCUGGGGAAGCGACACAAACAGUGGAUCUCCACAUAAUUAAACUCCCCCACAUACUAAACAGUACAAAUCACAUUCACGAGCCUGACCCCGGGUCUUCAGACAUCUUAACGUCGACCAAGUCAGGUUCUAAUGCCAGCAGUAGUAAUGGCGAUACUAAAAUGAGUCAAGAGAAAAUUGUGGUGGCAGAAGCAACAUCGUCUACAGCGCUACUGAAAUUUAAUUUUCAGAGAAAUAUCCCUGGAAUACGUAUGUUUCAAAUCCAGUACAAUGGUACUUAUGAUGACACUCUUGUUUACAGAAUGAUACCUCCUACGAGCAAAACCUUUCUUGUCAAUAACUUGGCUUCUGGAACUAUGUAUGACUUGUGUGUGUUGGCAAUAUAUGAUGAUGGGAUCACUUCCCUCACUGCCACAAGAGUCGUGGGUUGCAUCCAGUUCACUACGGAACAGGAUUAUGUAAGAUGCCAUUUCAUGCAGUCCCAGUUCUUGGGAGGCACCAUGAUUAUUAUUAUCGGUGGAAUAAUCGUAGCCUCUGUGCUGGUGUUCAUCAUCAUCCUGAUGAUCCGGUAUAAAGUCUGUAACAGUAACGGGCAGCAGAAAGUCACCAAGGUCAGCAAUGUCUACUCACAAACCAAUGGGGCCCAGAUCCAAGGCUGCAGUGUCACACUGCCCCAGUCUGUAUCCAAACAAGCUGUGGGACCUGAGGAGAAUGCCCAGUGUUGCAAAGUUGCCCAUGACAAUGUGAUACAGGCUUCAGAAACAUGUUCAAGUCAGGACUCCUCUACCACUACCUCUGCUUUGCCUCCUGCCUGGACUUCAAGCACUUCUGUAUCCCAAAAGCAGAAAAGAAAGACUGGUACCAAGCAAAGUACCGACGCACAGAAUGAAGGCAUCACAAAUGUUGAGUCCCAAAACACUAACAGGAACAACUCAACUGCGCUGCAGCUAGCUAGUAGACCUCCUGAUUGUAUCACGGAGGGGCCCACGUCUAAAAGAGCACACGCAAAGCCAAAGGCUGGAAGUAAUCUGAAAAGCACCACUCUCUCUCCUGAAAAAAGUUGCCACUGAUAUUUUUACUGGAUUAAAAAAAAAAAUAGAUUCAAUUCACAAAGACUAAAUGUUGAACUGGUGUCCUGGAAGAAAUUGUGCACAAGAGUUGAAGCAGAGGUCUCUCUGAUGCCGGCAGAACUAGCUCCAUCAGAUCAUGGUUCAUCCCCUUUUGAAACAAGUUUAUUUUUUUCUCUUUCUCUUUUUUUCUGACCUACAAGUAUUUUUUUUUAACAAGGAAAGGGAAAAAAAAAAAAGCCUACACUGGCAUUGAGUUCUGUAUCAGUCAAUGUUACAUUGCCAUCCAUGAUUUAAGACUGUAGAAUCUUGAAUAUCUAUAUCACUUUAACAAAUAAAUGUUUUACUAUGACAGAA